UAACAAAUAAUUUGAGGUAUGAUGUUGGAAAACGAAGUGAAGAAUAAAGUGUUUGUCUACAAACUGAUGAUAAGUCAGUUACAUCACGAUGGUUACAACGCACUAGCCCUGUUGAUGGAACAAAUGCUUCUAGCUUCUAAAAAGGUUCAGCCUAGCGAUUGUCUAACCCAACUCUUGAACGUGUGUAAAGCAGUCAGUUUCGCAGACAAGGAGCUCAUCCUUGAAGAAGAGACCGUUGCAAUGUCAGAGGAAGGGCAAACCCAAGAUUCUCCAAAGAAGUCUCCUGAGAAGGAAUCCUCAGAGCCUGGUACCCAAAAUAAUAGUCCAACCAAAUCUGAGACGAUGAACGGAACUAAGAACGAAUCUCAAUCACCAACGUCCACCACAAACUUUUUCUCAGCCUCUUCCCUGUUGGAGUCCUCUCAAACAUCUCCUCCUACCUCCGUAACCAGCCCACCCUCCACCACUAAGGAUCCUCUCGCUGACACUUUUGCCAGCCACCCUCUUUCUCACAUAUUCCCUAAUAGAGACGUGUUGUCCCAGCUUUUGCCAAACAGUGAAGCUCUAUUUGCUGCAGCUACAAGUAAACCAAGCACACUGAUAGUGCCCACCCCGAAUCUCCUCCUGCCGAAUUCAAGUCCGCUGCAGAUGCCUACCUCCACACCAAUACUACCUACUCCCACACCUCUGCUCCCAACCUCAACUCCUUUGAGAUCACUUUCUACCCCCAUUCUACCUACCAGCAACCGUUUUAAUCCCACCAUUCUAACCCACCCGUACAGCUUCCCGCUGGGUCGCUCAGGAUCUCUACCCUUCUUCCCUAACCUGCAAUUCAAAUCUCCGGAUCGUGGCCAAAAAGAAGACAAGGAUUCCGGACUUUUUGAUCCUCAACUGCUGGGUGGUAGACUCCAAGACGUCGUCAACGCUUUUACGGCUAACAACGCGACAUUUCCCCUACCCAGCAGUAUCUGCAACAACUGGCCGAAUAACCUGCUGAGUCAAGUACAAACCGGAUCGGGACGACAACACAAGAUGAAACAUUGUCCAGUUUGUAACAAAGUUCUGGUGGCAUCUUCUCUUUACCUCCAUAUGAAGAUACAUACGGGCGAGAAGAACUAUAUCUGUGAAUUUUGCUGCAAAAGAUUCCUGUUGAAACACCACCUGCAUUCCCAUCUAAAGAUUUGUCAGAGUCGGACCUUAGUGCUUACUAAGACGGAGACUUCACAAGCCUGAGGAGGAGGUAAUACUCAACAGACUGCUAAACAGCCUCACCAUUCAUCCAAUGCAAUUCAGACUUCGGUGAUAUAACUAUAAGAAGAU